UAAAGAGCAGUAUCUGACAUUUGCUUGACUAAAAUGCAGUAUGUCCAAUUUUGUCUGGAGAUACUGCCUUUAUGUCUAGGAUCAGCUGACAUGCAAACAUUUUUAUUGUAUGUGCGGCAGAUCUCAGUCGCGUUUGCACGUGUAUCAGAUAACAUAAACAUAACCAACAACUGCAUAAUUUGUGUUUUAUCAGCAAGUAAUAAAAAAAGUGAUAGUGUUAGUUUGGUAAAAGAUAUUUCGAGUAAUUGAUUUGCUCUGUAAAUUACUAUGGAGAACAAGAAGCACGGUUAUCGGUGGAAACUGAUUAAGAAGGGUCUUCAGAAUAAGGUGCCAAUAAAUGUAAUUGAUGUGCAAGCUAUAUCUAGCAAUGUGAUCGAACAGACAGAAUCAAAUGAGUAUGUUACAUUGAAUCCGCUGAGCCUCUACAAUGCUGAUAUCUCCAAAUCUGGUUCAAUUGCUGCUUCGCCAUCUGAAGAUAACUUAGACGGUCCUUCAUUAAUGCCAGAACCACCUUCCACUGAAAUUAUGGCCGCUGCGGAGCCGGACUUUCCUAAUUUGAAUCAGGAUGCAAAUAUUCCAAUAUUUGAUUCCAAUCACUUGGAAUUCGAAUAUCCCCACUUACCUAAAUUCAAUGCUCCAUCAUUGCCUCUGCUGAUCCAUCCAAAUGGAAUCAUGGAUGCAAACAUUUCAUUGCUUGAUUCUGAAAACAGUGUUGUCGACGAUCUUCAUCAUUAUGACUUACCCGAUUCUGAUACCCCAUCAUCACCAGUACGCCACACCCAAGACGUUAUGGUUGCUGAUACUGAUGAAGCACAAUGUUCUUCAAUAAAUACAAUUCAAGAUACAAACAUGCCCUUAUUAAAUUCUGACGACUCUGUGGACGAUCCCCAUUACUUACCUGACUCUGAUACUUCAUCUGAUCAACCUUUGAGCAAGAUUCGUAGAAAAUUAAAGAAAACCUCAACUGAUCAAAGUGGAGAUGUGGCUGAAGUCGUUCAGCCUGAUGAACAGUACACUAAAAGAACGGGAGAACUUAGAAAAAGGAAGAAGUUUUGUAAAACCGUUGCAGAAAGGAAUGCUGAUAAACUGGAAAAAGUUAAAACUAAACAUACGGUUCGAACAGGUUGUGGACCAUGCAAGAAAGGAUGUGUUGGAAAAAUUGUGGAAGAUCAGCGUAUAUCAAUCAAUAGGGACUACUGGAUGAUGUCCUGGCAGGAACGUCAAAUUUUUCUUUCGGCAACUAUUUCAACUAUGGAAGUGAAACGGCGAAGAGGUUCUGGAAUGUCGAGGACAAGGUCUUGUAAAUACUUUUUGAAAAAUGCAAACGGUGAAAAAGUGGAAAUCUGCAAAGUGUUCUUUCUGACUACACUGGGAUAUGAUCGCAAAAACGACCGAGCUAUCACCAAUAUUAUUAAUAAGGAAAGUAAUGCUACGAGCGUGCAAGAUAAACGAGGAAAGCACCCCAAAACUCCUAAAACGGAUCGAAGUGUUAUAAAAACACAUAUUGAAUCUUUUGGACCUACCAUUUCCCAUUACAGAAGAGAACAUGCGCCGAACAAAAGGUAUUUAGCUAGCGAUAUCAACAUCACUAACAUGCAUAAAGAUUUAAUGGCAAAAUAUCCCGACAUAAAGUGUUCUUACGAGUUAUACAGAAAGUGUGUUUCAAAGGAUUGUAAUAUUUCAUUCACUAAAUUGGGUCACGAGGAAUGUGAAACAUGUGAAAUUUUUAAGAUGCAUGAUCCAAAACAUACCCAACAAAAUCUAAUUCCGGACUGCGAGUCGUGCAAGGCAUGGGAAAAUCAUAUUAGUAAAGCAAAGAAUGCCCGUGAAAAAUACAGGACUGAUGCUGCUAAUGCUGGUUCCGAUGAAACAUCCAUAAUUGUUUCUGCAGAUUUAGAAAAAGUUAUAAUGCUGCCUAGGAUCGAUAUGUUUAAGCAGGUGAUAUUUUGUCAACGAAUUAUUGUGUUUAACGAAAGCUUUGUACCGAUUGGCAAGAAGCAGCAGAUCAAACCUUUUGCUUGCCUCUGGCAUGAAUGCAUCUCCGGGAGAAAAAAAGAAGAUUUGAUCAGUACCUUUCACGUUUUCCUCAUCGCCAUGCGAGACUUUGAGAACAUAACCAUCUGGUUAGAUAAUUGUUCCGGACAAAAUAAAAACUGGGCCCUAUUUUCCUAUCUGACGUAUAUCAUUAAUUCACCUGAAACAGCAACAAAUAAACUGACUUUGCGAUAUUUUGAGCCAGGACAUACUUUUAUGGCGGCAGACAGUUUCCACCACCAGGUGGAGCUAUCUCUACAACAAAAGAAGAAAGUAUACGAUUUUGCAGAUUUUGUAAAUUGUGUACAAGCUGCAAAUUCAGGAAAAGUGGCCGUGAAGGAAAUGAAGCUGGAGGACUUCUUUGUUUGGCCCGAUAAUUCUUCCUCUUACAAAAUCAAACAAUUGAUUCCAAGACCUUAUAUGAAAGACAUUGUGGAAGUCAUUGCUGAGAGAGGAAAAAACGAACUCGUUUACCGGACAAGUUUUGAUGCAGAGGUGAAUUAUAAUAUGAAUUUCUUAAAUAAGAAAGCUAUACGUCGACUGGAUCUUCCACCAAGAAUAAUUAAACCAAGAGGAAUCACAAAUGAGAGAAAACGCAACAUCGAGAAACACUUGCUUCCUUUAAUACCACAAAAUAGACGAGUAUUUUGGGAAACACUUCCUGUUGAUGACAACGCGAUCGACCUAAGAAAUUCAGACGAUAAGGAAUAACUUUCAAUGACAGAAUUAUUCAAUAAAUUAUAUCAUUUUUAACUUUCAUUUGUUUUUGUCGUAGGCACUAAUAUUGCAGCAUCCCUCUUUUUUUAUUCCAUGUCGCUAGUCUACAACGCAGCAACUCCCAAAUUUUUACAAUACUGCAAAACUGACUAGCACAAAAACAAAUUUUGAAUUCUAUAUACUACACUAAAACGCAGUAACAGCUUAUUUUUGAUUAAAUUGUUUGAUUAAAUCAAUUUCAAAUAUCAAAGUAGUUAGAAAAAGUGAUCAUCCAUUAUUAUACUUAGUUCUAGAAUAUUACAUGCUUGUUUACCUGCUCGCCCAGGAAAAAAACUUUAAAAGUUCAUUAUCUCAAUAUCACUAAAAGUGGAGAUACUGCUUUGU